AUGUCCGCCCCCCCGAACCCCGCCUCGCGCUCCCCCUCCCCCACACCCGCGCCGCCCAUCGCCGACGCACCGGGCCCGCGCGCCCAAGGCCUCAUCAACGUCUUCAACCAAGCCUCCAAAGCGACGCUGGACAAAUGCUCGUCCAAGAACUUCGCCUCGUGUUUCCCCACCGCCGCGCAAUACAGCCCCGAGGUGCUGGACAAUCUGCGCGGGCAGAUCGUGGACCAGUUGGAUCGGACGUGGAAGGGGAAUUUCGACGACAUCAUGGCGCGCAGGGAUGUGGUCAAGCUGCUGAAUUCGCUCGAUCAGAGUAUCGAGGAUGCGAAGCUGAGGAAGAAGCGCGCGGAGGUGAGCGCGAAUGGCGGGCCGGUCGAGGCGCCUGUGCCUCCCCAUACCCUGGCACCGGCUGACAUCCACCUCGCGCAUCUGAUGCCCUUCCUGGAGAAACAGGCCGCGGACAUGAACACCAAGCUCGCCGACACGCAGCGCGCAAACACGGAGCUGCUCUCCGCCGUCACUGCGCAGCGCGCUGAGAUCGAGGCCCUGGUGCGUGGGCUGGAGAAUGUUAUUCAGGAUCUGGAUGUGAGUGCGCAGAUGAUGGGGCGGGAUGAGGUGCAGGAUUUGAGCAGGGAGAUUCGCGAUGUGGAGAUAAGGAUGAGGACUUGA